AUGCUUCUAAGACACUGUAUUCAGCGCUCCUCUUAUUGUGAGCCUCAUAUUAAGAAGGCGGAGAUAUAGUUUCUCUCAUUUAUUGAAGGCAUCCCUUCAUCGGGCAAGAAUAGAUACUACCGACCUCUCGCGACAAGGACGCCGACUCUCACAUUCCUGCUGGUAGCCACAUUAUUGCUCAUUGCACUGCUCGAAUAUUCUUGUCAUGUAAUUCCACAACACUCCGGGUUCGGAUCUGCAGCAGAAGAAUUUGUCAACACUACACGUGCCAAGUUGAAUGGGAGAGAUGCAGAUAUACAUCGAAAAAGGGCUGGAGAAACCAGUAUGUCGAGUGGGGAGAGCCUUUCCACUUCAACGGGCUAUGCGGCAUCUCCUUCUCCAACCACAAAUUCAGCUCCAAUGACUUUAUCUGAAAAGUCUACCACUGACACAGUUUCUUUGACCGGUACCGAGUCUUCAUAUUCGACUACUACGGACAAAACAAACGUACCGCUGGCAACUAAGAUUAGUGCUACGUAUCUGACUCCCGAUAAAUCUACUCCCAUAAAUUCGUUCGCUCCAGACAGUACAUAUUUGUCUCCAGGGACAGUCGGUGCAACUAAAAUUAGUGGAUCAUAUAUUAAUCCAGACUCUACCCACUCAUUCCCAACAAUGACAUUCAGCACAAGUGCACCUGGGAUGAUUAUUUCAAAUACUAAUCCAAAAACCCCCUCGCCAGUCGUGGUGCCUGUGACGAGUGAAUAUGUUUCUACCAUCUAUAUUCCAAAUCCUACCAUCGCAGAUAAGGGACCAUCACCUAGCAAUCAAGAUGCUGCAGAAAAUAAAGCUCCAUUUACCUCCAUGCAACAAGUUCCGGAUAGCACCACUAUCGAAGUAACUACACUUACAUCAACUUCUCGUGAUCCUGACGGAUCUUUAGUAGAAUUGAUCAUCACAUCGUCUCUGGUACGUAUAGUACCGUCAACAAUCAACGGGCCUCAGAAUGAUCCUACCCCCGCACCUACUGGGACAAAUUCAAAUGACUUGAGUAUGUUGAUAAUCGUAUCAACGUUCAAAAGUGUUUAUGAAAGUACCAUCUUUCCCACUAGCUCUAGUACUAUCGUCGAUAGACCAGUAGCAACGAGUGCUAAUUCAAGUGGAACUUUCGUGUACCAUAGCAACGGCGUAGUUACUGCACCAGAUCAGAUCACUUAUCGACAAUAUCUCACAGCAUCGUUUUUACCACUUUUCUUGACUAUCUUUUAUGCUAUUCCAUGGCGUAUUCUGGAAAAUACAGUCCGAUAUAUGGAGCCUUUCUAUCAACUGAGGCUUUCCUCGCAUUCCACAGAGUCUGAAGCUAUACACAUAGACUACGAGAGUCCAUCGAUAUUCAUUCUCCCCUUUAAAUCCUUGUCCCGGAAACACUUUAUGAUAUUCGUGACAAGUCUGAUCUCACUCAUUAUGCUUGCAAUCGCACCCCUCGCUUCUCAAGUCAUGAUAAUAGUCGAAAGUAAUUAUUGCGUAGGAACUGGCCUUGAAACCUGCAAUAGUUGGGGAAUAUACCCUAAUUUUGCACGGCUUCUUGAAGGACUUCUAGGUUCCAUUGCAAUAUUCACGCUUUUCUUGAUAGUUAUGGGACUGCGCCGAGAUAGUGGAGUAUACAGUGAGCCAUUGAGCUUAGUUGGGCUAGCAGUCAUACAUCGCAAGACUCCCCUUUCAUCCCAGGCAAUGGAAGAUAGCCAGAUAGGAUUAGAAGAAGAGAUCCGCAUCCCCUCUCUAAGAUAUACAUCUUUAAUGACAGCAGAAGGAGAGACGGCCACUGCGACCCAAGAAUCAGCUCUCUUGAGGUCUAAGAGACGAGAAGACUCGAAGAAGACAUCCCUAACAAAGGUGCUGGAAGGAAUCAAGGCUCGAAUACUCCAUAUUUGCAUGCUUUGUUUGUUGUGCGGCAUUCUUGGCGUGGUAGCUGCAUACUACCAAACAAGUGCGGAUACCGGAUUCAAUCGAUUCAUGAAUUCACAAGGCUUCGGAGUUCGAUUCUUUAUGACGGCUCUUGGAACGGGAACCAAUCUUCUGUGGUCGCGUGUUGACGAUGAUUUCCGUAAGAUGGAUCCUUAUUAUCAGCUCCUUCGUGGCAAUGCCAAGCCUCAGAAUUCCAUCUUAGCUCCCGUGCAUAUGAGUCCCUAUUCAGCGCUUAUUCCUUGCGUCGGACGGAAACAUUAUCUCGUCUCUUGGAUUUCAUUUUGUUCGAUUCUAUCAGAGUUCCUACCAAUAACUCUGGCAAAUAUACCGUACAGUAAUACGGGGACGUUUUUAGUGCUCCUAACAUGCUUUUACCUCGCAAUGGCUAUACUUUCGCUCAUGAUUAUUGGUGUUAUCUUACUCCUCCUUAGAUCUCGUCAUAAUGUCAAGAGUCUUCCCAGAAAGCCUUGUACAAUUGCAGCUAGACUGGAGUAUCUAGCUCCAACCGGCGAGGUGGACGAUUCGAACUUAUUGAGAAGUCUUGAUGGACUUGACUCACUCGAAAGGGAGGAGAGAGAUGCACGGGUCAUUUCAAGGGGUAAACUAUACAGUAUGGGUAUUGGCGAAGACGGGAAGUUGAGAAUCGAUGAAGAUGAGAGGAUCGUGAGUAAAUGGAGAAAGGAAAAUCGGGACGGUGAAGAUGUCUAAUGUUUGAAUGCCUUUGAUGAUUUCCAGAAACGCUCAUCUAGAUACAACAUACAUUGAGUUGUCGUUACACCAGUUACAGCAUAGAGUGGAGGAUAGAUUUAUGGCUAUCGUGGUCAUUGCAUGGUUUCUGGCAGAUAUUUGAUGCUGUGGUCCGUUGGUUAGGUGCGAGGUGGCGUAAUCAUCUACCCGAUACAUGACGGAAUUGAGACGAUUCUGUCGGAUGGGAGCAUACCUAGGUAUGCAUGGAUGAAUUUGAUAAGCGAUUAUAUGUCGAUUUUGAUAUGAAAAUAUAUAAUAAUAAUUUGUUGCUAGAGCUAAUUGCA